AUGCCAGGAUAUAAUUUUAAGAGCGUAACGGUCGUUCCUUCGUCUAAGGAGUUUAUCGACAUCGUUUUGUCAAAAACUCAAAGGAAAACUCCCACCGUUAUUCACAAACAAUAUGCUAUGCCUCGCAUUCGCAAUUUUUACAUGAGGAAAGUUAAGACAUGCCAGCAAUUUUUCCAUGACAAACUUAACGCCAUUGUAACCGAGUUUCCCAUGGUUGAGAAUAUUCACCCUUUUUAUGCAGAUUUGAUCAAUGUGCUCUAUUCUAAAGACCACUACAAACUGGCUCUUGGUCAAAUAAACACGGCGAAAAAUAUUAUCGAUGGGAUUGCUCGAGAUCAAGUUAAAAUGCUCAAGUAUGGUGAUUCACUCUACCAAUGUAAGACGCUGAAAAGAACGGCCUUUGGAAGAAUGUGUACUGUUAUAAAACGACAAGCAAACAAUCUCAAGUUCUUAGAGGAUACUCGGCAGCACCUCUCACGUCUUCCGAGUAUUGAUCCGGAUACUCGCACAUUAAUUGUUUGUGGUUUCCCGAAUGUCGGCAAGUCGAGUUUCAUAAACAAGAUCACGCGUGCGGACGUAGACGUUCAGCCUUUUCCGUUUACGACAAAAUCUCUCUUUGUUGGCCAUACGGAUUACAAGAAUCUGCGUUGGCAAGUGAUAGAUACCCCCGGGGUGCUCGACCGCCCCCUUGACGAACACAAUACCAUUGAAAUGGUUGCCAUCACCGCACUGGCUCACUUACAGGCUGCAAUCAUUUAUAUCAUGGACUUAUCCGAGCAAUGUGGAUACUCUAUCCAACAGCAAUUAUCACUCUUUAAAAGCCUCAGACCUCUGUUCAAUAACAAACCACUUUUAAUCGUCGCCAAUAAAACAGACGUGAAGAACUUAGCGAGUAUAUCCGACGAGGAUCGGGAGUUGAUCACCUCGGUUUGCCGUAUGCCUGGCGAUGAGUCUGGCCCAGGUGGUGACGAGGAGAGACCGCUUUUCCUUGAGAUGUCCACUCUCCUCGGCGAGGGCGUCAUGGAAGUGCGCUCGCGUGCCUGCGACGACCUCCUCGCGAGACGCAUCGAGGCGAAGUUGCGUGCGGGCGCUGCGAGUCUGCGCGACGGCUCAAUAGCCAAUCGCCUUUACAUCGCUCGUCCCAAAGUGGCUGCCGCAGAUCGACCGCCGAACAUUCCAGAGAGUGUACUCGAGAAGCGCAAACUCAAACGCGCAGCGCCUGAUGACUCCGAGACCUCAGCGAUGGACGUCGAUGGACAGCCACCACCGGCCAAGCGACCAAUGACAAUGCGCGACCGUGAGUUGGCGGAGGGAGAUGACUUCUACUUGAAUCUGCGCGACCAUUGGUUACUGAAGAACCCGCACGAACGCAACGAUGUCAUACCGGAGAUUUUCGAUGGCCACAACGUCAUCGACUUCUUCGACGAGGACAUUGAGGCUAGACUCAACGAAUUGGAGGAGCAAGAACGGGCUUUGGAAGAGGCCGGUUUCUACGAGGAGGAAGAGGAUCCUGACGACGCACAUCCUGAGAUGCAGGAGUUGCGAGCCACUGCCAAAAAGAUUCGUGAGGCUCGCGCGCUGCGUAUUCUCGAGUCACAGGCGAGGAAGAAGAAGGAGAAGGGUAGGAUAUCGCGGGCCGACAAGGGUGUCUCCGGCAAGCAGAUGAAAUCCGAGCUCGGCAAACUGGGUCUUCCUCUCGACAUCAGUGCAGAGGUUGGCCGCAGUAGAAGUCGCAAGGCGUCGGCCGUUGAGCGGGCCAAGACGCCCGAUCCGUCGCAUGUCGCCGCGGUGGAGCGCUCGCAGCGACCGCGUUCGCGCCUCGGUGUGCGCGACGAGGCGAUGCACAAGGAGGCGAUGCAGCGGUCGCGUCUUGCCGCGCGGAAGUUCGCCGCCAAGUCGAGGAAAGGCGAGGCCGAUCGACACAUCCCCGACCUCAAACCGAAGCACCUCUUCUCUGGCAAACGCUCCAUCGGCAAGACAGAACGGCGCUGA